ACCAGAUCAACCUGAUCAGCAAAAGGAUGGUGGAUUGGCUGAGGUACGCCAGCCUUCAGCAAGGAGCCACCCCGGCAUCAGGUGGCUUUUUCAAUCCAAGAGGAAAACAGCCUGGCCCCAUCACCGAGGUGGAUGGCACAGUGGCCACCGACUUUUUCACCGUGCUGUCGGUGGGCCAGAAUUACACAGAGGACCAAUGGCUCAACAUGCAGGCUUUUUCCAUGCUGAGGAAGUGGCUCUUGUGUUACAGGAGUGACACAACAAGCAAUCCAAAUUCAGACGACAAGUCGGAGGUGGAUGGCUCUCUCGUGUCGAUGGUCUCCGUCACAUCCACCUCAAGUCGCCUCCUUUCUCCAAGGGAACGCUUGAGAGAAAAGGCUUUUGAGUACUGCCAGCGGCUUCUGGAGCAGAGCAAUCGCCGGGCUCUGAAGAAAACAGAUGGGGAGCUACAAAAAGCCUGUCUCGUCGAAGCAAUCACCAUUAUGGACAUCAUCUGCCAGCAAGACUCUUCUUACGUUUACCGCUCCCUCUCCUGCCUGAAAAACCUCCACGGACGCAUCAGCGGGGAUCCUUCCGGUGCCCGCCUGCUGAUUCCCAUCGCCCAGUUUUUCCUAAAUCACAGUGAGACAGCAGCUGUGGACUCCGAAGCCGUUUACCGCCAUCUCUUCACCAAAGUCCCUGCCCAGCUUUUCCACAACCUCAUGCUGGCUUACGAAUUUCUCCAGUUCUGCCGGCAGAAUGUUGGAUUCUUUACCGAGAACCUUGACAUCUUCCGACAGAGCACCCCAAAUCUCUUCAAGUUCCUAGCUUGGAAUAGCCCAGCCCUGACCAUCGACUACACAGAUCUUUUGCCAGCCCUGCUCAGUCCAGAGAAUGCCUUGGAGAUGUUCCACUUGCUGCUCGACCUUCCGUGUUUGACCGCUGCACUGGACACCCAGCUCAGGUCCUUUGAAUGUUGCCGAUCAACUUGUAAAAAGACAAGUUCCGGUUCUUGUGGUGGAAAAAGUCCAAAGAGGUUUCUCAUCAUUGUCUGGGCCAUUGGCGAAUACGCAUCGGUGACGCAUGAUAAACGUUGCACGGCGGAGCAGAUCAACACUUUCUUCGACGUCCUGGAAGCCAUGCUCUUCGAGAUCACCCAGCUGCGACCUUCGGCCAGCAUCCCCAAGUCCUCGCCUCGCGUCAUCGCCGUCCUCAUGACCGCGUUGACCAAGCUAGCAUCUCGCAGCCAGGAUCUCAUCCCCAGAGUUUGUCUGUUUCUCUCGAAGAUGAAGAUAUUCAUCCAGAGCCCGGCCGUUUCCUCCAUCUACUGCGCCGAAGAAGCAGAGGCCAUCCUCACCCGGGCCACGGAGCUGAUGAACUUACUGAAAAUGCCCAGCGUGGCUCAGUUCGUGCUAAGGCCGUCCUCCGAGGACUUAAGUCACCAGGAGACCCACCUCCCUCUGCUGCUGGCCAUGAAGAUGACCAGCCAACUUUUGGAAGGAGGAACCGGCUCGGUUCCUGGAUGAAAAAACCCUCUGGGCCAACCUGAGGUCGCUUCCUGGUGAUGGGUUAGAACUUCCCUGGUGCCUUCUCCAUUUCUGAGGGCUUCUUGAGGUCCUACUUCACCGUUUCCUAGCACCCCGGGGUGUCUUUGCCGUUGAUGGCAAAUGUUCAUGAGAACGUCUCACAUCUCGGUUUAUUAAAAACAUUCAUGGUCUA